CCAAAGCUUUUUUAUCGGGAAUCUGCAUUUCGGCUCAACGGCUCAACGGCCCGUAACAUUCGGUAUAAUAUUUACACGCGUCCAUUCGACGCUCUUUUUUUUUCACCUUACGACGUUCGAAUGAGUGUUUCAGCUCAGAGCUUAGAAGAUGCUGCUAACAUAGCCACCGAAUUCAUUUACAGUCUUGACAAUAUACCUAAUGAAAUUAAGCAUAUUUUGGAAGAGAUAACGCACAAAGAUUCUCGGACCCAAGAAUUGCAACAUCAAAUAGACUCAGACAGUGCUCGAUGGAUUCGUUACUCGCUUCGCGGAGCCAGUGCCGGUGCAGGUUCCUCCCCUUCUUCGUUACUUUCUCCUUCGAAACCUAUAGGACAUCUUCCUGCAAAAAUCAAGCAAGCUUACGCUGAAAUUGAACAGCUCUCUACUGAAAAACUUGCUCUUGCAGAGCGCGUUGUCGAUCUUAUAACCCGGACUUAUACGCGCCUGGGCGUAGAUCUCAAUCGUUCCCGUGUUCUUCAAGGGGAACUUCCGACAGAUACUACUCGAAGCAGGAGCGUGUCUGCUGCUCCGUCACUGAUCGGAAAUGUACCAGCUGCUUAUCAUGCAACUGUCAUUACUGACGGCCUGAAGCAGGCUCUGAAUUCAAGUUGGGCGGCGGAAAAUCGCCCAGCUGUAGUAAAUACGCCUGCGUCCGCUCCACUUCCGAAAAAGCGUAAGGUUACUUCUUCUCCUUCGAUUAAACUGCCCCCUAGUCGUUCGAUAUCGCCUGCGACUCCUGCGACAAAAUCAGCAUCUCACACGCGCUCACGUCUUUCAAGACAAACGUAUCCCCCACCGCGCCACAACAAAAUUGAGGAACCUGAGGAAGAUGAAGAUGAUGAACCUGAGGCUGAGGGAGAUGACGAAGAUGACGACCACAAAUUAUAUUGCUUCUGCCAAAAACCUAGCGCUGGAGAUGUAUGUAUUUUCUAUUGGUCAAUUCUUCGUAAAAUGUUCAUAAUUAUUGCAGAUGAUUGCAUGCGACAACAACUCCGGAUGUCCUUAUGAAUGGGUAUAUUUCUUGCUCUCACUGAAUGCAUCUGCAAAGAUCAAUCAAUUGUUACAGUUCCAUCUUGAAUGUGUUGGUA